CAAGUAUCAAGUGUCUAGAGCUUUCCUGGUUUGCUUUUCCUUGACUGCUACUCUUGAUUCGUUUUCCUGGUGUCGCUUCCUUCAAACUUCGACUUUCACAUACUCAGAAAGAUCAAUCACAAGCCACUUCUAUCCUCACACUCAAAACCUCUCCCUCCUGUCCAGCCUACACCAUGGAAGCCCGCGCCCGCAUCCCCGUCUCCCCGCCUCAUCCCAACCCCACAGCCUCGUACUGGCACACUCCCCUCUCCCCACUUGCAAAUCAUCUCAGCGCGAAGACCCUUCCAGAGACCAUAGACACAGUCAUAAUCGGCAGCGGCAUCAGCGGCGCCAUGGUAGCUUGGAACCUCCUCUCUGCGCACCCAUCCCAAUCAACCCUCAUGCUCGAAGCCCGCACAGCUUGUGGCGGCGCCUCCGGCCGCAACGGCGGCCACACAAAAGCCGCCUCCUACCGCACCUACGCCACACAUGCUUCCGAACUAGGCAAAGCCGAAGCACUCCGCAUCGCAAGGCUCGAGCACGCCAACAUCCUCGCGACCCACGCAUUCGCGAAAGAGCAAGGUAUCGACUGCGAAAACGCGCUCUGUGAGACCGUGGAUAUCAUCUACGACCCCGCGACCUUCAAGCAGGCCGUCGUGGCUGUGAAGAUGAUCGAGGCGGACGUCAGGCCCGAAGAGCGGGAGGAGGGCGGUGUAGGCGCCUACAAGAUCUGGAGUAAGGAAGAGGCGAUGGAGAAGUUCUACGUCGCGGGCGAGAAUGAGAGUGAGGCCGUGAAGGGGAAAGAAGAGGUUGUCGGCGCGCUGUCGUACCUCGCGGGCAGGCUGAGCGCGUAUAAGUUCGUGACGGGGGUGCUGGGGUUGUGUGUUGAGAAAGGAAUGGGAUUGUUCACGCAUACGCCUGCUUCGGACAUCAAACCCGUUCCGGACGCGAAAGAUGGGUUCACGUGGGAGAUCCGCACUGCGCGUGGCGCUGUCAGGGCGAAGAAUGUGGUUGUUACGACGAAUGGGUAUACAGCGAAUCUCCUGCCAGAGAUGCAGGGGAGAAUUGUUCCAUUGCGCGGUCAGAUCACUGCGCAGCGACCUGGUCCGAAGGCGAGGUUACCAACGUUGUUGCCGACGACGUACUCGUUUAUUUAUAGGAAUGGGUACGAGUAUAUGAUACCGCGCCCCGUCCCUACGACGCCAGAAGGCCAACAUAUCGUAAUUGGAGGGGGGCUAGGGAGGUUACCUAAUGAUGGCGCGAGUGAGUUUGGGACGUGUGAUGAUAGUAUCUUAAAUCCGGAGACGUCGAGAUAUUUAAAAGAGACGGCAAAAGGGUUUUUUGGGGAGAGGAACUGGGGCGAGCAAGGGGAGGGUGGGAAGGAGAGAAUUGUGCAGGAGUGGACAGGCAUUAUGGGUGCGACCACGGACGGCGUUCCGUUCGUUGGGGAAAUGCCUGGAAAGAAGGGGUUGUGGUUGAGUGCUGGGUUCAAUGGGCAUGGGAUGGUUCUGUGCUUCAAGUCGGCGGAUGCCCUAACACACCUUUUAUCCGGAGGUGCUCCGGAUGAGAUCGACUGGUUCCCGAAAAGUUUCCUUCUGACUGAGAAGAGAAUUCGGGAAAGCGUAUUCGAGGGAAGAAGAGACAUGAAACUCUGAUAAGACUCGGACGUCGCGCAGAAGCAAAUGGUGGAGAGCUCAGCUUGAUGCUAUACUAAAGUAGGAUACCAAUUUGCUAAAUCUAGAGCAUCUAGAGCUGAAUUCUAAUGUAGUUCAUCUGGAAGUGAAGUCCGGACUACGCGAAC